CAUCUACUUAGCCAGGCAUUUAUGUUUCACUUGUGGAACUUUUACAUUUGUUCUAUUCCAUAGAUCUUGUAUGUUGCGCAUAGUCCUGUUUUAAAGCACUUGAUAUCAUUGUGACAAAAGAAUAGUUUCUAGAAUAAAUAAUUAAUUAAAUAUAUUCAUUUAUAUUUUAAAAGAUGGCUUCUUCGGAGGAAUAUCCGGUGAAAACUUGUCCCUUGCAACAAAUAAUAAAAUACAGAAAUAUCCAUAAAAUGAAAAUAAUACUACCAGUAAUAAAAGAUAUCAAUGAAAAAAACGACAUGGGAUAUCCUCCAUUGGUAUAUGCUUGUGAGCAAGAGGACAACGAUCAAAUGUUAGAACUUUUGAUUGAGCAUCCAAACCUCGAUCCCUUGGUAACGGAAACAAGAGAUAUGCAAAAUGCUUUGCAUAUACUUGCAUUCAAAGGAAAGCUUAUGUGGAUAAAAAAGAUAUUUGAGAAAUUUCCUCAUAUACCAGUGGAUUCUUUUACAGAAAAAGGAAAUACUCCAUUAAUAAUGGCUGCUCAAAUGGACCAUGUUGAUGUUAUAGAAUAUCUGCAUGAGAAAGGGGCGAAUGUUAAUCAUUCGAAUAAUGAACUUAAAUUCACUGCACUCCACUAUGCUGCCAAUAACGGCUACACCAAAUCAACAAAAAGGCUACUUGAACUUGGUGCAAACAUAGAGGCCAGGGAUGCCCGUGAGUGCACACCAUUAAUAAAAGCCUGCUCUUGGAAUUUUUUAGAAACCUGCAAAAUUCUUGUGCACAACGGCGCUGAUAUUAACGCAGAAAAUGCAAUACAUUUAAGUAGUUUAGGUAUCGCUGCAACUAGGGAACACACCACCGAACUGAUUAAAUUUCUACUCGAAGAAGGUGCAAAUCCAAAUACCAUCUCUAAAGAUAGAUAUGGUAAUGUUUAUACCCCUCUCGUUAAUGCUUGCAAAGCGAAAAAUGUUGUUUUAAUGAAAAUCCUCAUAGAAAAGGGGAGCGAUGUCAAUAUUCCAGGGAAUUAUUCUUCGGCAUUGUUCCAGUGCAUCAAAGAAGACUUUUAUGAUGGAGUAGUCGAAUUGAUUAAAGCAGGUGUGAACCUUUAUGGAAAACAAAAUCAUGGUAGGACUGCUUUAGGACUAGCUAAUUAUUAUAAGAAAUAUGAUAUAGCUUCAUUAAUUCAGGAGAAUUUGUAAUAUUUUUUUAAAUUCUAUUUUUUUUUUUAGAAUAUAGGUAAUCAUUAAUAUUAA